AUGACGUCGUUACCUACCACUACGGUCAAGGGUAGAAACUCAAAUGAUAACAACGAACAUCAGAAAAGUCUACAACAACAACGAGAUUUCAUUACAAAUCUACUUAAACAUUAUUCAACAGUUGGACUUGAUAUAAAAUAUUUCAAAGAUAAAAAUAAUCGUGUACCAUUUGCACGUUGUCGUACAUGUGAGCAUACACGUACUAUUUAUGAUUUUGAACUUGAAGAUCUUGAUUUACAAAAACAAUCAUUAUCAAAAUAUAAAAAUCAAUUAUAUGAAUUAUUAAAUGGUUUAAAAUAUAUUCGACCAGGAGAAAAUUUUAUUCCAAAAUUUCCUUUAUUUUGGAUAAUUGAUGUCAAUGGUAAAAAUCAACAUCCAUUAUAUGAAUAUUUAAAAUCUUGUAUACCAUCAACAAAAAAAUUUUUUGAAGAUCAUACAAGAAUUUUUUAUGAGCCACAUCACUCAGAUGAUAUACGAUGGAAUUUUGAAAAAUUUCUUGUCGAUUCAAAUGGACAUCCCAUAAUGAGAUUUGAUAGUGAUGCUGAACCAUUAUUUAUUCGACAAUUUAUUGAAAAACUUCUUCAUCUUAACCAAUACAUAUAA